AUGGCCACCGCCGCUAUCAAGUCCAUCAAGUCGCUCGCGCCCCUCCUCGACCGCGUCCUGGUCCAGCGCGUCAAGGCUGAGGCCAAGACCGCCUCCGGCAUCUUCCUGCCCGAGAGCUCCGUCAAGGAAUUGAACGAGGCCAAGGUUCUGGCUGUCGGCCCCGGUGCCGUGGACCGCGACGGCAAGAGGAUAAACCCCAGCGUCCAGCCCGGCGACAGGGUCCUGAUCCCCCAGUACGGUGGCACUCCCAUCAAGGUCGGUGAGGAUGACUACUCCCUCUUCAGGGACGCCGAGAUCCUCGCCAAGAUCAACGAGUAA